AUGGCGAGUGCAGCUGUGGUGGAGAAGAGCUGCGGUGCUGGUGGCGCAGGUUCGAAUAAAGCGGUUUUGUGCAAGAGCUGUCCCCAGUGCCGUAUAUCAUCGAAUUUCGUGACACCCAGUAACGUGUGGGUGGAAGAUAAAGAACAGAAAGAUAAAAUUAUCAAUGACUACAAAGAGAAAAUGAGGAAGAAACCUUGCAAGUACUUUGACAUGGGUCGGUCCAAGUGUCCGUUUGGUGACUCUUGCUUCUACAAACACGCCUACCCAGAUGGCAAGCUGGCGUCACCAGAGAAACCAGGCUCUCGGCGGCACCGAGCCGACGCCGAUGGCACCAUAUCCUGCAUAUCGGAACAGCUGCUCUGGGAGUUCAUUUCCGAGCGAGAGCAAGCGGCCGCCGUCGCUAUGGAGGUCUUUGACGACGACUUCUACAACAUGAUCUGGACAUCGUCCGACUCCGAUGACGACGACGACGACGAUUUCGCCAUCUUUACUGAUGUCCACGAACAUUUUCAAUUCAUGUACAAUGUUGGAGUCGUCGGAGACGACGAUGACGAUGACGAUGACAACAGCAGCCGUGGUGACGACGCUGAUAUAGACGAGAGCAACGACGACAACGCCGACGCCGAGGACGAGGAGAAUGGAAACGAUGCAGAUGCAGAUGAUGAUGAUGACGACGAUGACGAUGAUGAUGAUGACAGCUGCAACAGUGUUGGCAACAUCAGCAGUAGUAUUAGUAGUAGUGGUGGUGACAGUUGUAGAAGCAGCAGUAGCAGCAGCAGCAGCGGCGGCGGUAGGUGCCGCAGCGGUCGCAGUUCUGCCGCAGCAGCCUCCUGUGACGCCGACGCCGACAACAACAACAGCAGCAACGAUGACGGCGGAGGCGGCGGUGUCGGCAACAACAAGGCUUGUGGUAAUGAGGGGAGAGUGGCGGGAGGAGGAGGAGGAGAGGAAGUGAGUGAGGGGUUGAAGGAAGAGAGUGAAAGCAACUGUGAUGGUAGGAGGAAGAAGGAAAAUAAGGACAAAACGCAUGGAAGGACAGAACGAUCUUGAGGAAGACUUAUUAUUAUUACUAUUAUUAUUAUUAUUAUUAUUAUUAUUAUUACUACUAUUAUUAUUAUUAUUAUUAUUAUUAUU